CCCGCCCGCGGCCGGCCGCCCGUUCGGUAUUAUGAUUAGCGCUGGGUGCGGGGAUUCGGCGGCCGGGAGGGAGUCGUCGGCGCCGCGGCUGCUGCGGACGGACGCCCGCCUGCUGGCGGAGGAAAAAGAAGCAACUAACAAAACACAGUGGUAACAAGGAUUAUUCAGUAUGUGGUUUGCAGGGUAUGUGCUGGAGCCAUUGCAGAGUCACCUGUACUUUAUAUGUUCAUGACGACAUUGAAAAUGAAUUCCUUAUUUUCACCAGAUACUCUUAUAUGAGAAGAUCUAUUUCAAACAGUCUAGAUCUGUUUCCUUCUGUUGGACCAGCAUGGCAGGAUUCAAGCGAGGAUAUGAUGGAAAGAUUGCUGGAUUAUAUGAUCUGGAUAAAACCUUGGGUCGAGGUCAUUUUGCAGUGGUUAAACUUGCCAGGCAUGUCUUUACAGGUGAAAAAGUAGCAGUAAAAGUUAUUGACAAGACAAAAUUGGACACUUUAGCUACUGGCCAUCUUUUCCAAGAAGUGAGAUGCAUGAAACUAGUGCAGCAUCCCAACAUUGUACGCCUUUAUGAAGUUAUUGACACUCAGACCAAACUAUAUCUUAUUCUAGAACUUGGGGAUGGAGGAGAUAUGUUCGAUUACAUAAUGAAACACGAAGAGGGACUUAAUGAAGAUUUGGCUAAGAAGUACUUUGCUCAGAUUGUUCAUGCUAUAUCUUAUUGCCAUAAACUCCAUGUAGUUCACAGAGACUUAAAACCAGAGAAUGUGGUCUUCUUUGAAAAACAAGGUCUUGUAAAAUUGACAGACUUUGGUUUCAGCAACAAAUUUCAACCAGGGAAGAAGCUCACCACAAGCUGUGGAUCUCUUGCAUAUUCUGCUCCAGAAAUUCUGCUUGGUGAUGAGUAUGAUGCACCUGCAGUAGAUAUAUGGAGUCUGGGAGUGAUCCUUUUCAUGUUGGUGUGUGGGCAGCCACCCUUUCAAGAGGCCAAUGACAGUGAAACAUUGACAAUGAUCAUGGAUUGCAAAUAUACAGUACCAUCCCACGUGUCCAAAGAGUGUAAAGACCUGAUCACACGGAUGCUACAGAGAGAUCCCAAAAGAAGGGCCUCCUUAGAAGAGAUUGAAAAUCAUCCAUGGCUUCAGGGAGUGGACCCUUCACCGGCCACAAAGUAUAACAUCCCCCUUGUGUCAUACAAAAACCUCUCGGAGGAAGAACACAACAGCAUCAUUCAGCGCAUGGUGCUGGGGGACAUUGCGGACCGAGACGCCAUUGUAGAAGCCCUGGAAACCAAUAGGUAUAACCACAUCACGGCCACUUACUUCUUGCUUGCUGAAAGGAUCCUGAGGGAAAAGCAAGAGAAAGAAAUACAAACCAGAUCUGCAAGUCCUAGCAAUAUCAAGGCCCAGUUUAGGCAGUCGUGGCCAACCAAAAUUGAUGUUCCCCAGGACCUUGAGGAUGAUCUCACAGCCACUCCUCUGUCCCAUGCAACUGUCCCUCAGUCUCCCGCACGGGCUGCUGACAAUGUCCUCAAUGGCCACCGGAGCAAAGGCCUGUGUGACGCAGCUAAGAAGGAUGAGCUCCCGGAGCUGGCUGGCCCGGCGCUGUCUACGGUGUCACCUGCGAGCCUGAAACCCACGGCCAGUGGGCGCAAGUGCCUAUUCCGGGUGGAGGAGGACGAAGAGGAAGAUGAAGAGGACAAGAAGCCCAUGUCCCUCUCUACCCAAGUGGUCCUGCGCCGGAAGCCGUCGGUGACCAACCGGCUGACGUCGAGGAAGAGCGCUCCAGUCCUCAACCAGAUCUUUGAGGAGGGGGAGUCCGAUGACGAGUUCGACAUGGAUGAGAACCUGCCUCCCAAGCUGAGCCGGCUCAAGAUGAACAUCGCCUCCCCGGGCACUGUGCACAAGCGCUAUCACCGCAGGAAAAGCCAGGGCCGCGGCUCCAGCUGCAGCAGCUCGGAGACUAGCGACGACGACUCGGAGAGCCGGCGGCGGCUGGACAAGGACAGUGGCUUCACUUACUCAUGGCACCGGCGGGAUAGCAGCGAGGGCCCCCCGGGCAGCGAGGGUGACGGCGGCGGCCAGGGCAAGCCGAGCGCGGGCGGCGGCAGUGCGGACCAGGCCAGCCCGGGUGAGAAGAGUGCGGGCGGGGGCAGCCCCGCGGGCGGCUCGGGUGGGAAGCCCACUGGCACGUCGGGCAGCACCCGCCGCUGUGCUGGCCCCGGGCCUGGGGAGCUGGUGCAGAGCCUCAAGCUCAUGAGCCUCUGCCUGGGCUCCCAGCUGCACAGCGGCGCCAAGUACAUUAUCGAUCCGCAGGGUGGCCUGUCCUUCUCCAGCGUCAAGGUCCAGGAGAAGUCCACGUGGAAGAUGUGCAUCAGCUCCACGGGGAGCGCAGGCCAGGCCCCCGGAGUGGGUGGCAUCAAGUUCUUCUCUGACCACGUGGCGGACAGCUCCACCGAGUUAGAACGGAUAAAGAGCAAGAACCUGAAAAAUAACGUGCUACAGCUACCUCUGUGCGAAAAGACCAUCUCUGUGAACAUCCAGCGGAACCCUAAGGACGGGCUGCUGUGCGCCUCCAGCCAGGCCAGCUGCUGCCACGUCAUCUGACCUUGGCCCCCACUGGCCACUGGCGCGCUUCCUGCUCUGAGUGGUGAAGACCGGCUCACUUCACUGCUCUCUUUUGGUUUUACUCUUUUAAAGUGGGCGUUAGGAGCAGUUAUUUAUUACCUUUUCGUUGGUCCGCCUGACGAUGUGACAAUGCAUGGUCUUUGUGCAUGCUGCUAGAUACUACUUUUCUUUUCCAGCCGAAAAGUCUAUUGUGUAAUUUUUACAUUUAUAAUUUUAAUGUGGAUGAUCAGGAUUAAAUUAAAAUGUAUAUUUGGAACCUAAUAUAAAUGGAGCACUUAGAAAUGUGUGAUGUUCUGCACUUAACAUAGAGAAAAAAAUGCUUUUGUUUCCUUGUGAAAACUCUAAAUUCCUGUCCUGACCUUCUGUGAUAACAGAAACUCCGUGCUCGGAGGCACACUCCGUGGUGUCUGAGACAGAACCAAAGCAAUAACGUGAUGCCGACAGGCCUGGUGCCUGUGAGCGUGUGCGUGCCCCACCCUCCGAGGCCUGUGUGGAGCCAGUACAGCGAGCGUCUGCACUGAGAACCUUAAAACCACGAUUUCAACAUACCCACACCUGUUUGUCUUAAGCUAUAGUGUGAAAACAAGUUUGGGCUCUUAAAAUUUAACUGAAAAAAAUUUUCUUGUUUUGUACUAGGUGAGAUAAAGUACUUAGAUUUAUAAGGCAGCUUCCCCUGUAGUGGUAAAUUACAAGCAGACAAUCUUACUUUGUAAUGUGAUGAAGUGAACUGAUGGUGUCUUAACUCUACUUGCAGAGUGUAUAGUCUGUCUGACAGAAAAGAUGCUCAGUGUCCAUUCUUUCCUAAAGGGCACACCCUAGGGUUUCCUUUAAAACCAUGGAGAUAGAGGAAGCUGUACGGCCUGUUACGGGAGCAGAGGUGCACAUAGGUUGGCAAAGUCAAAACCCUAUGAAGUGUAAAAAAAAAAAAAAAAAAAAAAUACCCGGGAUUUUUUUAGGAGUUUGGUAAUUAGAUCGACUCUUUUGUUUUUUUCCAUUCUUCUAUAUCCUUUAGCUCAAUAAGCUAUGAAAAUUGGCUGAUUAAACACACAAAAGAGUAAAAUUCACACAGCAAACAAAAUGCACAAAACCUGCUUUUUUGUUUUGUUUUUGUUUUCGUUUUUCUGGAAGUGUUUUUCACUUUGCCGUCCUGCCAAAAUAAUAAAGAACUCUUGCUUUAAACUGUUCCUGUACAAAGACUACUUUUGACCAGAUAAUCAUCUUUCAUGGCAUUUUAUCUUGUAAGACGCAGUAUAUUGGCAGAUUGCUAAUUUUAGAAGGGGCCAGAUGCUACUUGUUCAUGCUGUGCCCUGGGGGUCUUCAAAGCAGUGCUUUUCCACACUGGUGAUAGGAUGUGGCUGGGCUGGGGUUAGGGGAGGGGAGCUUCCCCACACAUGUCUCUGAGUGGGCAGAGCACCAAAGGACUGCAUUCCAUUGGUCGUGGUUUCUCCAAGUACACACCGACUCUGCUCCUUAGGGUUCAUACAUUUUACUCUGAACUCUGAAUUUCACAAUAUACUUACUAAACUAAGAUGAUACUUAAAAUACUUAUUUUACUUUCUAGACCUAGGCUAGAUAUGUUUUAAGCUACAGCUCUAGUUCAUUGUGAUAUUUAUGAUUGAAAGCUACCAGAAAAGAUGUGUGGGUGAAGCCAUAGAACAUAUUUGCUUGAAAUUCUUGAGCAGGGAUCUUAUAAAGGGCCAGAAAUAAGAUGUGUGGUUCACAUAGAUAGUGAGCGUAACAUCUGUAUUAAACGUAGGAGAGAAGUUUAUAAAGGGCAUUGGCAAUAAACUCUUUGUUGCAGCUGUUUUCCAAGUAAUGUAAAUACUUCUUCCUGUGAUAAUGUAUAGCCUUGGAAUGGCACCUUUUAACCCAUAUGUGUUUGUUUUCCAAUGGUUUUUUAUAUUCAGAUGUAUAUAUGGUGCUCACUCUAGGAUCAGCAGUGUUGACCGUCUAUGCUGCAUAGCUGUAUUAUAGCCUUAUUAGUUGUGUGUGGUUGGUUGGCCCUCUGGGUAUACAGAUGUUAGUCUGAGUGGCGUCUUACUCAUUUGUUCAUAAGUGAAUGAUUGUGCAUGUGUUGUAUGUCAUAGUAUGUCGUCACAUAAAAGGGAGGGAGCAAAUAACCAUUACAUUAAGAUAAUAUUGGACCAAACUAUUUACUAGCUCUAAAGUUUCUUGUACCCCUUAACCUGUCUUCAGAAGUUGCAUAGAGUUAUAGUAGUGUGUAAAUUCAACAUUGUGGAAAAACAAUUAGUCUUGUAUUUUUCUGUACGUGUGUGUACAUAUAUUAUAUAUAUAUACACAUAUAUAUACAUAUAUAUAUAUAAAAUUAUGUACUUCUGGCAAUUCUAUCUGUAUUUAAAGAUGUGACAAUCUUGACACCGAUUUUAAGAAUAGCUGAGACUGAAUCAGAAUAAAGAUAUCCCUACCAAGUAAGAAUUGAUGUGUUAAGAGGGUACAGAAUUAUCAGCUGAUUGGUCGAUUGCUUCCACUGCUGGUUGAUUUCCUCAUUGUGUAAACAUUGACAGGUAUGUGACAGAUGGGAAAAAAAUCCAAAUAAUAAAGUGGCAUAUUGGUGUUCAGCAAUA